AAAACAACGAUGAGUUUGGUAAUAGUAGCAAACUGCUGGUUACCACCGGAUGAUACCGUGAUCACAGUGGCCACACUUCAAUUUUCUGCUGCAAGGUGCCACCACGCGUAAGUAAACCACUACGACCACGCAAAUAUAACAUGGUGCUAUAGCAGCAGUGAAAUAUGUAAUUAGUUUACAAUGAACUGCCCUCGAACCAGCAACCAGGAAAGGGCCAAAUGGCGAACUGAAUGCAGGGAGAAGUUAGCCAAUCACAUUCAGGACCUGUAUCAAUGGAGUUAUUUGACAGCUAGAAAGGCUGCAUUGUUCAAUAAACAACUAAGCAAGCACUCGAUAGGGGCCUAUAUCGACCUGUGUAACGGAGUAGGAGUACAUUUUAAGGCUGUGCUAGGAGAAGGCGCCGCAGACUACGAACAGGAAAAGCAACUCGUCACAACAAGCAUAGGUUUUGACGCACUAGAGAAGAGUAGAGAACACCCUUCUAGCGAUGCAAUUUCCUUUCAACUAAGCGCUAAAGAAUGGCGUGAGAGAUUUAACGCAGAAGUGGCUAUAAGAGAGGCUCUUAAGAUCGAGAUGAUGGGUAUUAAAGGAGAGAAUGGGGAACUGCUAAGUGAGAUGAAAGCCCUUCGCGAAGAAGAAGCAAUGCUGAUCCAAGAACUUAAAAAAGCACGGGAGGUUCUGCUGAUAACAUCGCGCAUACUUCAAGAACGAGCAUUAAAGGCAUCUGAAGACUCGCAGAAGAUUACACACGCCACAACUUCCCUAAAGCUGGGAAGAAAUCCAUGUAUUUAGUCUCGCCCGAAAUAGAUUCCUCGAUGGAUUCUAAUCAAG